AAAUAGGAAAUUCAGUCUAAAAAUGUCUCCUCCAAUGGCAACUCCUUUAUUUCCAAACAGAUUGCUCUUUCUCUGUUCCUCUGUUUCUCCUCCACACACACGUUGACCCACCUCGGAUCUGCUGCUUUUCUCUUGGCCCUUUCAAAAUCCCUUAUAUUCAAUUCCAUUUCAUUUCUCCCCAUUUCUUUAUAAGUUCUUUAAUCUUUACAUUCGAUUUCUUCCGAGAGAUCUUUGCAAAGCUUCAAGCUUUUUUUUAUUUGUUUAUUUUAGAAUGGAUAGUAAUUAUUCAGCCAUACCCAAAGGCUCCCAUGUAGAAUUAAAAAUGCAGAAUGAACCCCAGGACUUUAGAUCCCAACAGAAAUCGCUCCUUUCUGAUGACGGAAACUGGGUAAACCAUGCCAAGGUUGCUCAUGAGUUUGCUGAUCUUAACGACGACGAAGACGACGAUAUCGAUGUUGAUCCUGAUGAUUAUACCCUUGAUCUGAGUAAACCCAAUAAUGGGUCUGGUAUUUCUGGUGCUGUUUUUAACUUAACUACCACAAUUAUUGGUGCGGGAAUCAUGGCUUUACCUGCUACUAUGAAGGUUCUUGGAGUUGUUUUGGGGAUUAUUUUGAUAAUUCUGAUCGGGAUUUUGUCUGAAAUGAGUGUCGAGCUGUUGAUUAGGUUUGCGGUUUCUUGUAAGGCUAGAUCUUAUGGGGAAGUCGUGCAGAUUGCAAUGGGGAGAACUGCUAGGGUUUUAUCUGAGAUUUGCAUAAUUGUCAACAAUGCAGGUGUUUUGAUAGUUUAUUUGAUUAUUAUAGGUGAUGUUAUGUCCGGUUCAGUUCGUCAUCUUGGGAUUUUUGACCAGUGGUUGGGACAUGGCUUUUGGGAUCAUAGGAAGUUGUUGGUUUUGGUUGUUAUGGUUGUUUUUCUUGCUCCACUUUGCUUUUUAAAUAGGAUCGAAUCGUUGAGCACGACAUCGGCUGCUUCUGUUGCUCUCGCCGUAGUUUUCGUUGUGGUUUGCUUUGCUGUUGCAUUCAUUAAGCUUGUUGAAGGGAAAAUUGAUCCUCCAAGGAUGAGCCCCGAUUUCAGAUCGAAAAUGGCAAUUUGGGAUUUUAUAGUAGUUAUACCUGUCAUGACAAAUGCAUAUGUUUGCCAUUUUAAUAUCCAACCUAUAUAUAACGAGCUUGAAGGGCGAUCGCCUCAAAAGAUGAACAAGGUUGGAAGGAUCACAACUUCUAUUUGUGUUGUAGUCUAUGCCUCAACAGCUAUAUCAGGAUAUUUGCUCUUUGGGAAGGAUACUGAAGGUGAUGUUUUGACCAAUUUUGAUAGGGAUCUUGGAAUUCGUUUUAGCACUGCAUUGAAUUAUAUUGUCCGGGUCGGUUACAUUUUCCAUUUGGUUCUGGUUUUCCCUGUUAUCCACUUUUCCCUUCGGCAAACCGUGGAUAGCUUGGUGUUUGAGGGAUCGACUCCUCUAACAGAGAGUCGGAAAAGGUCAUUCGUAUUAACAGUAAUAUUGUUAAUGCUUAUUUAUGUUGGAUCUACUAUGAUCCCAAAUAUAUGGACAGCUUUCAAAUUUACAGGAGCAACAACAGCUGUUUCAUUAGGUUUUACGUUCCCUGCUCUUAUUGCAUUGAGGCUAAGUCAGCAGGAAGAGGGGUUGAGCUUGAGUGGAGUAGAAAUUUUUUUGUCCUGGUUGAUGUUGAUAUUGGCUAUAAUAGUUAGCAUUUCUGGUACAAUCGAAAAUAUUUAUACUAUUCAAAGGAAAUCGGAAUGAUUCCUCUUGAAGAGUUUCGGGCCUGUUUUCCCAAGUACACUGCAAGUCUGCAACAGUUUGAUUAUAUGCAUUGAUGCAUUGCCUUUUAAUGCUUUUCAGAGCAACUGCGACAGGUUACUCGGUAUAUGAUGAGACGAUUUGGGAGGAUACCGAAUGGACCUUCAUCUCCUGUAACCUGUAAGUUAUUUCGACUUUACGAAUUGGACCAUGCUAUGGAUAUGCUUAGUUACAACAUUCUUCUUGCACAAAAGAUUGGAGUAUAACUAUUUGCGGUAGGAAAAAUACUAGAACAGAUUAGGAGGGAGAGUUAUUUUAGUUUACUUCUGG